AUAGAUGUCUUAGGUCUGGCCCCUAUUGUGGCCGUGGAGAAUAAUCAGGGUCACAGGUGGAAUUGGCUCAUGAAUCGCGCGUGAUGUAUCUUUCCAUGGAUGCGUUGAAAUCCGCCCACGCCACGGUCCGUCCACGGUCCGUCCACGGUCCGUCCACGGUCCGUCCACGGCAUUGAAGCUUCGCAAUAGACUGACUGACUGAGUGAUGUGAGUGAGUGAUGUGAGUGAUGUUCCUCUACGAUUUGCCGUACGUGCUUCAACGCGCCUUGGUGGAUGUCUUGGAUCAAAAUGACAAUUGGGAGGAGUUGGGCGGGCUCAUCUGGCAACUCCAGCCCUCAUUGUUGGCCAAGUUCUCGCAGGCCCGAUAUCGGCCCGGGGAAUCCCCGGCCAAGGCCUUGAUGGCCUUCGCCGGACACAACAACAAGACCGUCUUGGAGAUGUACCAAGACCUCCAUCGACUUCGACUCUUCCAAGCCAUGGAUCUCUUACUGGACCAUAUCCCGACCGAUUGCCGCAUUCCCUCCCGAUUGCCGCCCGCGGGCCACGGGGAUGGGUGGCGGGAAGGGGGUGGGUGGGACCUCGGCCGGCCCCGUCCCGUACCCCCGCCUUGCCUCUCGGGGCGGGAAUGCCGCCAUCUGGAAGACAACUUGAAUCAGACUCAUCCACGACCCGAGGGCGUGAAGUUGGUGCCCAAAUCCGGGUUGAGUUUGCCGCCCGGGUCAUCCCAACCCUGGCCUAAUGGCCCUGCCCCCAACCAACAAGAUUAUCUAAGCCAGGGGCCCGAUCGCUGUCGCCCCUCAGCCUCGGGGGUGGGGUUGGUGUCCACCUCGGAAAAUCAAAUUGAUCAGCCGCCCAGCCCUCCUUCGCCAUUAGGUCCGGCUGGACCCGCCCCCGCAUUGGGGGCCAGUCAAAAUAGCCUUGCCGAGUUGCCCCAUUUGUCGCCGUUAACGCAUCGAUCCUCGUCGGGUGUGCCCAUUGGCGAUUCGGAAUUCAUGUUGAAAAACAUCAAGUUCCAGGAUCUGGAACAGGCGUGCCAAGGCUUUCGUCGUGAGCCGGGCAUCUUGAUUGGACGGGGUGGUUUUGGCGAGGUCUUCCGAGGUCGUUGGAACGGCCAGGAUGUGGCGGUCAAACGAAUCUUGGAAGAGAAGCGGAAGCUCAUUGGCGAUGCCGCCUUCCAAAAGUGCGUCAAUCAAGCCAUUACGGAAUUGCAAACCCUCCAUAUCUAUCCGGCCGAAAACAUUCUGCCUCUGUUGGCGUAUAGCUUCAGUCGCCAAUCGCCCACUGACCCUUGUCUCGUGUAUCAAUACAUGCCCAACGGGUCGGUAUCGGAUCGUUUGAAAUGUCGCGAUGGCACUCUGCCGCUCACGUGGAAACAGCGGGCCAAUGUGGCCCUGGGCACGGCUCGGGGAUUGAUUCACUUACACGCCAAUAACAUCAUUCAUGGCGACAUCAAGAGUGGGAACAUUCUCCUGGAUCGGCAUUUUGAGCCGAAAAUUGGCGACUUUGGUUUGGCCCGAAGCGGAUCCGAGACCGAGGAUGUGUCUUUUAAGAUGGUGAGUGCUGUCAAAGGCACCGAGGCCUACUUACCCGAGGAUUACAUUCGCAGUCACGAGCUGACCCCGGCGGUGGACACGUUUUGCUACGGGAUCUUCAUGUUUGAGUUGGUCACGGCCAAGUCCCCGUCGUUCCUUAUUGAUCGCACCCGCAACAUGCGAAUGCGGGAGGCUUUGCUGGGCUCAGAACAACCCGAUCAGUGGCUGGAUCCAAAUCUAGAGAGGAAUUGCUGGGCCAACAUAUUAUUCUACAUGGGUUUGGAUUGUGCCAAAAAGUCCAGACGAGCCCGUCCGCCCAUGACGGAAGUGUUGAAAGCCUUGGAAAGCCUCUACGGUCACCAAUCGUCGGCCAUGGCCCUUCAAAUCUAUUAUGACGAGACGAAACUCAAAGGGAAUGACCGAGAGAUUGAUCAGUUUUCCAAAAUCAUCAACUCGAGCCAUCUCAUUGCUGCCACGAGUGAAAUGGUGACCACCGAUGAAACCGUGCCUAACCAUCACGAUUACAUCCCGGCAGUCCUGGAUCUCGUGGACCCGGAGAAUUCUUCAACACAUGCCACAGAAACUACGAGUACGACAGAUAUUUCUCUGCCAUUAGAGGGCACUGAAGAUAACAAUGCACUAUCAACACUCGCUAAUGAUGACCUUGUGGAGGAAAAUCAACUCGUCCUACCAGAUUUUAGCGCUUUGAAUAUUGAACCGUCAAAUCAUGUUCCACCUCCGAAUGAUUAAGUGGGUUUUUUUGGGUUUAUAACUCAUUUUGUGAUCUAAUGCAGUUCUCCGUCAUAUCAUGUAAUCGCGCAAAAGAUAUAGAAAUAUAUGUAUGUUAUAGUUUAA